AUCCUCACGUUAAUUUUCCCUUCUAUCUAUCUGUUGUGUUUAUCUUCACCUCCAGAUUUUCAUUCCCUUUUUGAUUUUUUUCUCACCGUCGAUUCGCCGGAGCUCUGAUCCGGUUCCGGAACCUGUCUUCUUCUCUCCUUCUCCUUCUCCUUCUCCCCUUUCUCCAUUAGUGCAAUUGGAAUCCUCUCUCUUUCUCUUCCGUUUGCGGCAUUGGCGUUGAUUUGAUUGAGGCUAAGGCCAGGUUCUGUUCCGAGCAGAGCAACAAUUGGCAUCAAAGGAGCUUGGUUAAUCCGUCAGGGAAUGGAGGAGUGGAUUCGUUUGUGCGCUGUGAGUUCUGAGCCUUGAGGAGCUCGGAAGGUUCUGAACUUGGGAGGGAGGAAGAGAGAUGGUCCUCAUUCGGAGAGUUUCGUCGGCUUUCCCUCGAGUUUUUGCGUUUGCGAAUAGGUCCUUGUAUUCUUUGAAUUCUCCGGGCGAGUCCUUGGAUUUACCGACCUCUUCCUCUUUCACUCAUGGAAUCCAUGUCUUCCAUUGUCCUGAUGCCAUGGGAAUCGUUGCUAAGCUAUCGGAAUGUAUAGCUUCCAGAGGGGGAAACAUACUCGGCGCCGAUAUUUUUGUCCCUGAAAACAAGAACGUCUUCUAUUCCAGAAGCCAGUUUCUUUUUGAUCCUUGUAAAUGGCCUAGGAUGCAAAUGGAUGAAGACUUCCUUAAGAUUUCCAAAACAUUUAACGCUUGGAAAUCUGUUGUCCGAGUACCAGAUCAAGACCCCAAAUAUAAGAUUGCAAUUCUUGCUUCAAAACAGGAUCAUUGUCUGGUUGACUUACUUCAUCAAUGGCAAGGAGGGAAACUUCCAGUGGAAAUAACUUGUGUUAUAAGUAAUCACGAUAGAGCCCCCAACACCCACGUGAUGCGAUUUCUUGAAAGGCAUGGUAUUGCUUAUCAUUAUUUGCACACAUACAAUGAUAAUAAAAGAGAAGGAGAGAUAUUGGAAUUGGUGAAGAAUACUGAUUUUUUAGUACUCGCCAGGUAUAUGCAGGUAUUGUCUGGUAAUUUCUUGAGGAGCUACAGAAAUGAUGUAAUUAACAUCCACCAUGGUCUUCUGCCUUCAUUCAAGGGUAGUAAUCCUUCAAAACAGGCGUUUAAUGCUGGCGUGAAGUUAAUUGGUGCUACAAGCCAUUUUGUGACAGAAGAACUCGAUGCUGGACCAAUCAUUGAACAGAUGGUUGAGAGAGUUUCCCACAGAGAUAAUUUGCAGAGUUUUGUGCAGAAGUCAGAGACCUUAGAAAAGCAAUGUCUAACGAAUGCAAUUAAAUCAUACUGUGAGCUGCGCGUUUUGCCAUACGAGGAAAACAGGACUGUUGUUUUUUAAGAGGAAAAGGAUGCAUCCAUUUGAAGUGUGUCAAGUACAUUUCUUCUUCUGCUCAUUUGAUUUUUCAAUUAACAUACUCUUUUUGGCAUAUUUUAUACGUUGAAUUCAAUUUCAAUUUAUAUAUACCUUAUAACUCUACCUUGAUUUGUUUCAAAUCAACUUGCAAGUUAAAAAAAAUAAGUGGAUUUAUCUUUUUAA